AUGCGGAUAACAAACAUAAGACGCGGUAGAAUUUUCCGUACAACCGGUGUGUGUGCGAUUCUUUUGCUAUUUAUUUAUGCUAUACACAGUUACUCUCGUUCAAAUGGCAACGUUGAUUCUUAUGAAAAGCUAAUUGUAAAUGAACCCCCUAGCAAAUACAAAUUUCACAAGGAUAUAUACCCUACUUUACAAACUGAGCUGGGCAACUUUGAGCCUCGUUUCAAGAAUAUUGUGAAGGGGCCAGGUGAGGAGGGUUUACCAUAUCACAUGCCUCAAGACAGAGCUAACGAUAUAGCUGAAUCGGAAAGUGAAUACGGAAUGAACAUAGCCGCAUCUAAUGAUAUUGCUAUGAAUAGAUCAAUUCCGGACACUCGUCUGGAUGAAUGUAAAUAUUGGCAUUACCCUGAAGAACUGCCGAGUACAUCAGUCAUUAUUGUGUUCCACAACGAAGGUUUCUCUGUACUCAUGAGGACUGUACACACUGUCAUAGAUCGUUCACCUCCCAACAUAUUGAAAGAGGUUGUUAUGGUUGACGAUUUUUCAGACAAAGACGAUUUAAAAGAAAACUUAGAUAAUUAUGUUAAACGUUGGAAAGGCAAAGUGAGGAUAAUAAGAAACAAUGAAAGACAGGGUCUUAUACGUACGAGAUCAAGAGGAGCUUUGGAAGCUACGGGGGAGGUCAUAGUAUUUUUGGAUGCUCACUGCGAGGUCAACAUUAACUGGUUACCGCCACUACUCGCUCCUAUAUACAGAGACUACAAGAUAAUGACCGUACCAGUCAUAGAUGGCAUCGAUCACAAAACUUUCGAAUACAGACCGGUCUAUUCCCAUGGUAUUAACUAUAGAGGCAUAUUCGAAUGGGGUAUGCUUUACAAAGAAAACGAAGUACCUGAUAGGGAAGCCAGUUUACACAAACAUAAAUCUGAGCCAUAUAAAAGCCCCACCCACGCUGGUGGUCUAUUCGCAAUAAAUAGGAAUUAUUUCCUUGAAAUCGGUGCAUACGAUCCCGGUCUUUUAGUAUGGGGUGGAGAGAAUUUUGAAUUGAGCUUCAAGAUUUGGCAAUGCGGCGGUAGUAUUGAAUGGGUACCUUGCUCUAGAGUCGGUCAUGUAUAUCGAGCGUUCAUGCCGUAUUCAUUCGGAAAUCUAGCUAAAAAUCGAAAAGGAUCUCUCAUUACGAUUAAUUACAAACGGGUCAUCGAAACUUGGUUUGACGAGGAGCAUAAGGAAUUCUUCUAUACAAGAGAACCGAUGGCCAGGUUUUUGGAUAUGGGUGACAUAAGUGAACAAGUAGCUUUGAGAGAUAAACUGAACUGCAAGAGCUUCGGUUGGUACAUGGAGAACGUUGCUUAUGACGUAUAUGAUAAAUUCCCGAAAUUACCCAAAAAUAUUCAUUGGGGUAUGGUGAAGAAUAAAGCUAUCGGAUUGUGUCUAGAUACUAUGGGAAAAGCGGCUCCGUCAUAUAUUGGUGUACAGUCAUGUCACGGGGCUGGUAACAAUCAGUUGUUCAGACUGAAUGAGGCGGGACAGUUGGGUGUAGGAGAGAGAUGUCUUGAAGCUGAUACAGACAGUCUCAAACAGACUAUAUGCCGGCUAGGAACUGUUGAUGGACCUUGGAGGUACGACAAAGAACACAACCAUCUCAUACACAGGCUGCACAGCUAUUGUUUAACUCUGCAGCCUAACUCCAGAACACUGGGUCUUGCUCCUUGUGACCCCAACAAUACUUAUCAACAGUGGAGCAUAACGCAGAAAAAUCCCAAGUGGUGA